AUGCCGCAAUCAUGUAAAGACAUCCGCGCUGCGCUGGCAUUCUGCCUCCAAAAUAGCGACUGCAUAAUGGUCGACCGGCACACGCCAGGCGAAUGUCUGCGUCCACCCCUCAAAUACACGCUCCCCACCCAGUGCCAGCAGCUGCAGAAGGGGUACGCCGAAUGUAAAAAAGGCAUGAUUGACAUGCGCAAGCGGUUCCGCGGCAACCGACCCAUCGCCGUCCAGGGACAACUCGAGACAGGCGCAUUUGGCCAGGGACGAGCCGAGGCAGACGAGAAGACGGGCACCAUUGAGGAGAAGGGGUACAUGCUCUACGCCGGCCGCCCGUAUAAAGAUGUCAAGGAGACCAAGGGCGAUGAGGAUCCAGACAACAAGGGUCUGGAGCGGUAG